AUGCCCCUGUCCACGCCGCGAAGCAGCGAGAGUGGCGUUCGGGUGCAGGGCUCACCAGCCGGUUCGCCGUGGGAUGACGUCCACAGCAUGAACCGCCACAGCAACCACCACCCGGCCAGCAGCAACUCGACGCAGUACUCGACUGCACAGGACAGGAGCAUGUCCCAGGACUCUCGUGGACACACCCCGAUACUGUCCCACGCGACCGGUGGUCGCCACAGCGUCCCGCACUUGACCCACAAGUAUGCCCAAGUCGACUUGAAUGACCUGUCGGUGCACCCGUACGCCCAAUCGAGCACGAGCAGGUUCGGUAUGGGCAUGAGCACUUCCAGUGGGCUGUCCACGGCGUCCAUCGGUCUCGGAGGUGGGCGCAGUGCCCAGAGCCAUCCAUAUGCGCAAUCGAGCAGUAACAGUCACUAUGGACUGGGCCACCACGGCAACGGCAGCCAGUUCUGGGACGCCGACGCCGACGGGGGAUGGGACAGUCCCGAUUGGGAGAUUAAGCGGGAGGCCCAGCUGGAGCAGGAGCGACGAGAGCUUGCUCUGGAGAAGAAGAGGGAAGAGGAGAAUUGCGAAAGGCGUGAACGUGCGCUGGAGAAGGAGCGAGAGAAGGAACGCGAGCGUGAACGAGAGCGAGAGAUGGAACGUGAGAGGGAGCGGGAGAUGGAGCGGGAGAUGGAGCGCCAGGCCACUGCGGUGGACGACCAGGUGUGGAAUGAGGGUGAUUAUACGAUCGUCUCAAAUGACGGAGUCCGGUUCAAGAUCCCUAGCUACUACUUGUUCAGCAGUAGUGCUGUCUUCCGGGAAAGCGCAGGUGAAGUUGGCGUGGAGAGUGGUGCACGCCUGCCAUCCCUCUCCAAACGGCACACUACCCUCACCGAUCCUAUUGAGUCUGCGGCCGUUCUGCGCCUUUUCCUGGAGUUUAUCGUGUACGCCAAGCUCGACAUUCCCGACGACGGCACGACCCUCCAGAGCCUUGCGACCGUCAAGGACUUGGUCGCCUUCCUCGUCAAGUGGGAGUGUGCCGGCACUUUGCAACUUUUCCUCGUCUGCUUGCGGGAAGUCGUCCGACAACCUAGUAACGUGUCCCCGCUGGCUGCGUUCAUUGCAGGGGCCCAGGCUGGAGACGCGUUUACUUGUUCUGUGGCGCUCGACAUCUCCGACUGGACGUGGGGGAUGAUGGAUCGCCUCAACCUCCCCGCUGCGCCUGACGCAAACGUCUUUGACCCGCACCAUAUGCCUGUAUCCGUCUGGCAACUGCUGCCGGGCAUGUACACGUGGGCCUUGACUAGUGCAUGGUCGGGUAACCCUAGUAAUAAAGAGAACAAUGAGAGACAAACCCGCCGCUCUCGCGACACGUAUGCGGAAUCGGAAGACGAUUCGGCGAGCCGCUGUGACAGUGUUCUCGACCGCAAGGUCCAUGCUUGGCAGCAGUGGCUGUAA